GUCGGACUGUCAUUUAUCCGCUGACGCCUGUGCCCAACACUCUAGUCUAUAGUCUAGGCAACAGUGAAUACCAUGAUUACUGCAUCGUGAAUCUAUCAAUAAUCCGGUUCAAGUCGAUCAUUAUGCUAUCGUUCUUUGUAAUUAUAUUGCCUUUGAUCAGACGUGUUGGCGGUGUCAGUGGUGGGCAUUGGUGUUAUGACGCAUGAGGUUCGGAAAUGCCAAAGCCUGAAACAGAAGUGAGCAAUCAAUGGUUGUUGAAGUGACCUGGAUUUACUGAAUGGUCCAUACUUUCCCUUGCGCACCUGGCCGUUCAUUCAAACUCGAGACGGUUUGCUGGAAGGUGAUGGAGUCCCCCAGUUCCAUUCCAUCCCCAGUUUCAGCGGCCACUGAUGCAGACCUGGACUCGGACCCAGUGGAAGAUGAGCACGUUUCAGCUGACGAGCAGAUGUCUGAUGAAAAUGAAGCAACAACGCCAGGGCCAUGCCGGACAGCGACUGGUCAAUCACAUCCCGAUAUCGGCUCAAUGGUACAACUGCCGCCGGAACUAGACCGCUUUUGCCGGAUGCCACUCCAGCACGGCGUUGACGGCGUAUCACCAUCUUCGUGUGGCUCGGUUAGUGUUGCCAGUGGCUCUGCCGAUGCUGCGACGGAUGCAGAUGAAGACAAUGAGGAACGGCUGGCCUCUGCUCUUGCACAGGUUGAGGAACUGGACAAGCUACUUGCUCGCCAAGCCGAGUGUGAACGCUAUGCCAGGUUCCACCGCUUACUUCACGCUCAUGAGAAUGACCUGUCGCUCAGCGAAAAGGAACUGGGAGACUUGGAGCGGCUACGCGCACAUGUGUCCAUGUCGGAUCCGGAAUUUACAGAGACCAUCUUUAAGACGCAGGAAGCGAUAGUCAACAUAAAGCUUCCCACAAAGAAACUCGGAGAAACUGGGAAUGCCGAAGACACUGGCCUGGCUUCAUCCAGGAUUACCUCUCAGCUCAUGACAGACCGACCGAAAGCAGGAUCGACCAGUAUGGGGAGCGGUGAUAUGACUGACUUCAUACAGCGUAACAUUGAGAUGAUAACCGCAGCAUCCGGUGCUAUGCAGCUCACUGAGGCGGAGCAGGAGCGACUCGAGGAGCUACUAGCGGAGGAAAGCGAUGAGGAUGGAGAGGACACACGGCAGGAAGAUGCAGCAGUGAUGUCGGCUAUGUCAACUAGCAGAUCACAUGUCAGCAUGGAUGCUGCGGAUACGUCAAGUAGUGAGCUACAUCUCAGCUCAGAGUUGGUUGUCCCGAGCACAGAGGCUGAGCUCAAUCGUCUUCUGACUAGGCCAGAUCCAGGCAACCCCUAUAAAUUCACCGACGCUCAGCAGCAGCGGCUGCUGGCAAUUGACAGUCAUCUGCAACACCUUUCUGGCAAUGCUCUACCGCCAAUCUCACCCUCCUCGGCAUCAAGUAUAGUCAGCAGUGUGACAGACAAUCAGUCCAUGUCGCAGAGACACAAGAACAUAGUGGUAGCGGAGCUUGCUGCUGCCGGUCGGCAGGAGGAGGACGACUUGGACGAGCAUGCAUGUGCCCAGCGCCUCACUCCGUUGCAGCUGGAGCUGCUGCUGGAGCAAUGUCGACGCGAGCAGGCCUUGCAGUCCUCUCAGACCCUGUCCGAGGCACGCCACUCCAUGGCCGAGAGAGGCCUGCAACUAGUGGAAGCAGGAGACAGCGAUCUUGAGCUGAGUUGACCCCGAUGGGCUCACUGGCAACAUGAAUUCAAAGACGCAUCCCAUCCAGAGGCUCUGAGCCGCUAGCUCUUUUCAUUCAUGCUCACCUUGCAGCACACGGUGUGAUACUCACAAUCUACGGGUGUCUGCUUGACAUGGCUGGACGGUUUCAAAACUGAUUUAUAGUACGAAUGCUGACUUGAUCCACGUACUUAUCUAUCUGUGUGCCAUUGAUCACAGUGUAGUCACAAGGGACAUUGACGAGAAUGUUGCCGCUUGUGAAGUACAUAUUCGUAUGCAGUAAGUUACUGUACCCACACGACUCCAUUUAUUUUGUAACUCUUGAUAAAUCAAAUAAUAAUUCCCGCACAACACAAAUGUCUAAAGCAAGAAGAGGAAAUUCCUUCCAACUUGA